AUGAGGCUCUUCAUUCUUCUCUCGUUCCUUCUCUGCCUCGCGCUUGUCAGUGCGCAAAUGGCCAUGCCGAUAACAGACGCAAGGGGCCGCGGCGGCAGAGACAAAGAUAAAGGAAGGGGAGGAAAGGGAGGAAAGGGAGACAAGGGACCCGUCAGGGGGGGAUCCGCAGCGCUCCAAAACCGCAUCGCAGAUCUUCGAAAGAGGGUUGCUGAAGCCAAUGACACCGUCGUCCCCUUCAAAGGAGGCACUCUCAAAGGCUUGGUGGGGCUGCUGAAAGUAAACGAGGCUAUUGUCACACUGGGAACCACCAUCGAUGUCAGCACGAAGGCCGCGGAGGCCACCAACACCCUGCCGGCAAAUGAAUCAACCCAGAUCGGCACACAGUUCCUUGGCCUCCAGCCUGAAAUCAACAACUUGUUGACCGAGGUUCAGGGCAAGCGCAGGGAGUUCGACAAGGCUGGCUUCAAAAUCUUGGACGUGAGGAGUCUCAUUCGUGACUCUGUAGUUCUCCAAAAGGACAAGGCUGGUGACUUGGGUAGCGCUUUCACCAAAGCUCUCGAUCCUACUUUCCAGCCUAUUGCAACGCAGAUCAGCGACCAAAUUCAGAACAACUUCUCCGCCGCCAUCGAUGAGUAUGAUGGUCGCGCUGGGAAGAUCAAGAUCCCCUCCAAGGCCGUGCCUGUGCUUACGGACCUACUUGCCGGUGUGGCCAGAGCCCUUGGCAUCGGCAACGAGAGAAUGGUCCUGGCGGGGCCUGUCACCGAGGCUGAAGCUGCCGCUAUUCCGAUGACCAAUUUCCCCAAUGCCGAAGCUGCUUUUGCGGAUAUCAACGCCGCUGAUACACCCGAGGCGAACAUUGCCGCCCAGGAGGCGCUCAGGGGAAAUGACGACUUUUCCAGACUUGGCCCGGAUGAGAAUGAUCUCCGUGGCAUCCCGCCAUUGGUUAUUGCUGUCCUGCGCAGAUAUGAAGUUAUCUAA